AUUAAAUAUAACCAUGAUAAUAUAAUGUUAUUCAUGUGUUCCUUUUAUGUCUCGUUCCACUUAAUAGCCCUGUAAAAACUUUAUUUAAACCUAAUCCACAUAACUCAUUCUGUUUAGUAAAAAAAAUGGUUUGAGGCUUAUAAAUGCAACAGUCUCCUCUGAUUGCAUAGAACGGUGAAACAUCCUUGGUCGUGUUGAAGGGCCACAGUGCAACUGUUUGCGGUUUACUUCACUACAGCCACUCACGUAAUUACUACAUAUUCCAGCGACUCUUACGUAAACGUCAAGAGCGGCUCUGUGAUUGGCUGAGGAGAGUGUCAAUCAAAGCCCCUUCAUCCAAUAGACUCGUUACUCGCUCUCAAACUAUGGCGGCCAUGUUGUAUCCGCGGGGGACUGGAGGCUGUUCGGAACCGAGUCUGUCUUCAGUCGGGAGUAUACGGUGGCGCUCUCUGGUUUGAACUCGUUUGGGUUUUACACCGUUAGAGAUCUACACUCCUCGCCAUGAGCCGUCCGUCCUCUGCAGGUGGUGCGGCCGGAGGACUCGGAGCUGGUAAAGCAGGAGGAAGUAAGCAUGGAGGCUCUGGAGGAACAACCGCCUCUGCUGCUGCCGCCGCCGCCGCCGCCGCCGUCGUCGCAGCAGCAGCAGCAGCAGCCGCCGCGGGGGUAUCCGGCUCUGUCGCGGGCUCUGGUACGGUCCCCGCGGCCGCUGUAGCCCUUCCAGUCGCUGCCCUACCGGGACAGUCAGCCGAACUGACAGCGCUAUUUGAGUGUCCGGUGUGUUUCGACUACGUGCUGCCCCCGAUCUUGCAGUGCCAGGCUGGGCAUCUGGUGUGUAACCAGUGUCGGCAAAAGCUCAGCUGUUGUCCAACUUGUCGGGGCCCUCUCACGCCGAGCAUAAGGAACUUGGCAAUGGAAAAAGUUGCAUCUAAUCUGCCGUUUCCGUGUAAGUAUGCCUCAGCUGGAUGUCUGCUGUCCCUUCACCACAGCGAGAAGCCGGAGCACGAAGAAGUCUGUGAGUUCCGCCCCUACACCUGCCCAUGCCCGGGGGCUUCCUGUAAAUGGCAGGGCUCCCUGGAGGCCGUCAUGCCACAUCUCAUGCAUGCCCACAAAUCCAUUACCACCUUACAGGGCGAGGACAUUGUCUUUCUGGCCACGGAUAUUAAUCUACCGGGGGCUGUGGACUGGGUCAUGAUGCAGUCAUGUUUUGGCCACCACUUCAUGCUGGUUCUAGAGAAGCAGGAGAAAUACGAGGGACACCAGCAGUUCUUUGCCAUCGUGCUGCUCAUUGGCACGCGAAAGCAAGCGGAGAACUUUGCCUACCGCCUCGAGUUGAACGGCAACCGUAGGCGGCUCACGUGGGAGGCCACGCCGCGCUCGAUCCACGAUGGCGUAGCAGCAGCCAUCAUGAACAGUGACUGUCUUGUGUUUGAUACCUCUAUUGCCCACCUGUUUGCAGACAAUGGCAACCUGGGUAUCAACGUGACCAUCUCCAUGUGCUGAGGUGGCAGCGUAAGGCUUUAUCCAGUGACCCAAACCUUGAACAACCUCUGCUCCCUAUCAGACUGCAGGUUCUAAAGGCAACGGUUGGGAGAUGUAUACAUUUGUGUAUAUUUCGGUUCAAGAGUCAUCCGCUAAAACAGCGCACACUUUCCAGAUUCACAAGUAGGUUAGUUUGCUAGGUUAGGAUGACAAGAGUCCUUCUCGAGAUGAAGCGGGGAUUUGCAGGUGUUAGCAACCCGUUGAAGGCAUUGGUGCAAUUGAGAAUUUCUUUUGCACACCGCAAGGAUACAAACACCGCAACUUUCUGAUUACACCUUCAGUAGAAGUUCAGGUGUGGAUAAAUACCAUCACAGAAUCAAAAUGCUAACUUGGGAAGAGUCUAGGCAUGAAGGUGUAACAUUUGCCUCAGAAGCUUCUAAAACUUAUGUUGUACAAAACUGCACUACUUUUCGUCUAUGGAUAUUGCGUGAAACCAUGGAAAUUGUACAUGGCAAUGUAAAUGGUAAUCCUCUGAAUUUCAUGGUUGUAUAUUGGCUUGAUAAAACAAUGCCCAUGGUGGAAAUGCAGUGUGCAUGGUGGAAAUAAAAUUCACUUGCAAAAAUGAGAAUAUAGCCACCAUGUUUUUAAGGCAAGAAUCUGACCUCUUCACUAUGUUUUUUCCUUCCUUCCUUUUUUUUUUAAAUCUGUCGUCAAUGUUGCAAGACGUAAUGAGGACAAUACUUAGUUUAUUUUAUGGUCCUUAUCCAGAGUAGAGAACUGGUUUGUGAUCAACACAAAUAUAAGCUCGAUAAAAUGACAGAACUACAGCCAACCAUUUCAAAUUUUGUUACCCAUGAUCUAAUGCCACAAUUUUUUUUUAAAGGGAUAGUUGGCCUAUAAAUGAUAAAUCUGUUAUUUAAUUGCCCUCAUUUUCUAACACUUAUUUGCAGAGCACCAAAGGAGAAGUUAAGUAGAAUAUCUCCGCUGUUCUCUAGCAGAGGACAAAAAGCACCAUAUAGACCAUACAACCUGUGCUCUAUAUUUCAAGUCUUCUGAAGCCAUAUG